UAAAUUGAUGUUUGGGCUAGUUUAAAAUUAUGAGGUAGAUAAGCUUAGCAGAGUUGAUUACUCAUUUCAUUUUAAUGUCAUAAAAUACAUUUGAUCCAUCAGGGGAUCGGCAAAGUCAUGCCCUUGUUUUGUUGCUUAUUAUUGUUUCUGUAACCUUGUUGAUUACUUAUUUUGGCACAUGGUCAUAUAAAUGGAACCUGGCAAGUACAACCCCAUUGUUUGGCAACGUUCAGUCACGUCACGCGAACCUGCAUGGAAGACACGAUAGGGAACAAUACGAGGCAAUUAUGACGGAGAUUACGCAUUUGUAUUUAAUAGGAGGUGGUAUUACAUAUCCAGUACACUGUUGCAUUUAAAGGAUCCUAUGUUAAUUUGUAAGAAGACAAUUGUUAAAACGGUUCAAUUCCACGUUCGCGCACUACAUCCCGGUGAAUAGCAACAAUUGCGCGCUGUAAGAACGGCAGGUAGUGAAACAAUAAACCGAUUGAGAUAUUCGUCACAGCGGGUGUAUAACUGACGUUGAUAAUCAAUGGUUUACGGCCCAACAUGGCCGCCCCGAAACCGUUAGAACAGGAAAAUCUAGAAAUCAGGACCAAAAGUAUCGAGCAGACCUUAAUUCCACUCGUGAAGCAGAAGACAGUGAACUGGUUGUAUUACAUGAAGACUGAAACGUACAUGAUGAAAGUAGUAAACACAAUGAGCUGCUGGCAACUUGUUGAUCCAAAGCUUUGCCGGUGGCGUGGUGAACUCCAAGACAAGCGAUUGACUAUAUGGCAGUUCAUCGGCCCCACGGGGCAGCGAAUGUGUUUGCAUUUCAUUGGACUGAAAUGCUUCACUACCUACUUCACAGCUGUUGGAUGUCAUGGUUUUUACAUGACAUUUCUGAGAUUUGCAGAAGUUGGUUAAUGUUGGUAACAUACUAUUUCAUUUUGGAACUAAAAUAAAUUCCUGAAUACCAGAAUUUAUCUCUAGGUCUAUCUGCGAGUUUAAUAAUCCAGAUAUAUACACUGCAGUUUUGGUAUUUUGUGUAUUAAAGUGUAUGUGUGGGCAUAAUCUAAUUUUUACUCCAUAUAAACACAAAACUAGAACUCAGGCUUUAUUGAUAUCUUGAUUUUAUGUCAUAUGUUCUCUCAGAUUAGCAGUAUUUUUUAAUACAUUAGAUCCUUGUAUUUAUUGAAUUUAUUAGUUAUU